CGACCAGACAUACCACAACUUUCACAUUUGCCCAAGUCAACUUACAGCCUAACCCUUACUUGUACUCACCUAUCUGCCUUGAGUGACUGUCUUGACUGUUCCCGAGUUCCAUUAUUUGAUCUCCAUCGUUUGGCAAUUUGCAAUCCUAGAGCUUCCAAAUUCCAAUAUUUGCUACCCUGUCAAAUAGAACACUUUUACCCAAGCUUCCCUCGCACUUUACUUUCUACCAGAUAAACCCUGCGCCAAUCGCCCAUCAGCAACCCCCCCUCACCACACCAAAAUGUCUUCCCCUCAGGACCGCGCGCAGUACUACAUUGGACAGCUUGACCGUGAGCUGUCCAAGUACCCCGCCCUGAACAACCUCGAACGGACGACCGGGGUCCCCAAGGCCUAUGCCGUCGUCGGCGUUGUUGUUCUUUACUUCUUCCUAAUCGUCUUCAACCUCGGCGGCCAGCUCUUGACCAACAUUGCUGGUUUCGGUAUUCCUGCCUACUACUCGCUCGAUGCGCUCUUCAGCGCCAACAAGGAGGAUGACACUCAGUGGUUGACAUACUGGGUCGUCUUUGCUAUGUUCACCGUUGUUGAGAGCCUCGUUAGCGUUGUCUACUGGUUCCCCUUCUACUACAUGUUCAAGUUCGUCUUCCUGCUGUGGCUCUCGCUCCCGGCAUUUAAGGGCGCCGACAUCAUUUUCCGCUCCUUCCUCGCGCCCACUCUCUCCCGCUACUUUGUGCACUCGCGCCCCGCCUCCAGCAACCUUCGCGCCAAGGCCGACUCUGCCGGCAAAGCCGAGUAAGCUGCUGGAGUUGAGGAGGCUGUUUCCACCUGGAAUCGGAUGCACGGAAGCCUCUGUGCAGCACGCUGGGGUCCUGCUAAGCUCCAGGGGUUGUUGAUCAGAUGGGUUUCCCACGAAUGCAUGCCAUGGUAGUUCACGGUCUCUACGACAUCGGAUGCUCGUCAUUAGCACUGCGCUGUAGCGCAGCGGAUCUUCAAGUAUUCAAAUCGAGAGGUGCUUGACAAGGGCAUUUAUUUUUCGGGAUUGAGAAUAGGUAUGGAUGAUGACGAGAUGGUACAACAGGAGUAACGGGUUAGGUAACUUGUUUGCGGGUGAGGUUUGCACUUGAUGUGACUGGCUUACCCAAGCAGCUGCCACGUUAUUCAUUGCUUUAUCUGGAGUUUUCGAGUUGGUUUUCAAUAGUGUUUAUAAAGACAUAUGAAGCCUACACGUUGAUAAUGAUACUUAU